AUGGAGGCAACGGAUGAGGCUGUUGCUGUGAUCGGGAUGGGCUGCAAUUUCCCCGGAGGUGAAGGCUUGGAGAAUUUCUGGAAGGUUCUGUUGGAGGGAAGAAACUGUGCUGUUGAUAUUCCAGCGGAUCGGUUCCACGUGGCUUCGUGGUUCGAUCCCGAUGAAGGAAAACCCGGGAAGACGCAGACGACCCGAGCGGCCCUUAUUGACGGGUUUAAUGAGUUCGACCACAGGUUUUUUGGCAUUUCAGAGGCGGAGGCUGAGUUCAUGGACCCCCAGCAGAAGCUUCUUCUGCAGUGCAGCUUCAGGGCGCUGGAGGAUGCCGGGGUCCCCCUGGAGGACAUUAGCGGAACCAGAACCGGAGUUUACAUUGGUCUAAUGAACAAGGACUAUGAGAUGAUCCGUAGCAACUGUCCCACCACUAUGAACCACUACAGCGGCACGGGGACGGCCAUGAGCAUCGCUGCUAACCGAAUCUCCUUCACCUUCAACCUCACCGGCCCCUCUUUCGCCAUCGACAGUGCUUGUUCUUCCUCGUUGGUGGCGCUGCACGUUGCCCGACAGGCCAUAACACAAGGGGAGUGCGACAUGGCUCUGUGUGGAGGAGUGAGCUGCAUCAUCGAGCCCAGAGUGUUUGUAGCUCUCAGUAAGGCAAAGAUGAUCUCACCUGAUGGAACCAGCAAACCCUUUUCCGACAAGGCAGAUGGCUACGGACGAGGAGAAGGAUGCGGUGUCGUCCUACUGAAGCCACUUGAAAAGGCUAAACAGGACGGGAACAAAAUCUGGGGUGUCAUCAGCAAAACUGCGAUCAACCAAGACGGACACUCAGUGUCUCCCAUCACCAAACCUUCAAGGACUCAACAGGAGGAGCUACUGAGAGGGAUCUAUACGGACAUUGACCCGGCGCAUGUUCAGUACGUCGAAGCGCACGGCACUGGGACCCCGAUCGGAGACCUGACUGAGGCCGCCAGCAUCUCAAACGUCAUUGCCAAAACCAGACCUCCAGGAUCAGAAGCACUCUGCAUCGGUUCAGUCAAAGGUAACAUCGGGCACACGGAAUCUGCCGCCGGAGUGGCAGGACUCAUCAAGGUGCUGUUGAUGAUGAAGCACCAGGCGUUUGUCUCUUCCGUUCUAUAUUCUCAAGGAGCAUCAAGCGUUGAUCCCAAAUCACUUGGUUUGAAUGUCUUGUCGAAAGUAGAAAGGUGGAACACAAGUGGAUCAGCGUGUAGGGUCGCUGGAAUAAACAGCUUCGGGUUUGGGGGGACAAACGCACACGCUGUUGUCAGGGAGUUCAGACAAGUCGAAGCUCCACAAAUGAGGCCUAAAAUCCUGCCAAACCUCUUUGUUCUGUCUGCAGCUUCAGAGAAAUCACUGGUAAAGUCUCUCUCAGAUACCAGCCAAAGGCUUUCUGACUGUCGAACCUCUGACUUGGAGGCAUUGUGCUUCACCUCUGCGUGUGCCAGGAGUCACCAGAAACACAAGUACAGGAAGGUGUUGUUGGUGUCAACUGUUUCAGAUCUACUGGAUCAUGUAAAGUCAGAGUCAAGCUGUACCUCGCCAGUUGGCAACACUGAGGUUGUGUUUGUCUUCAGUGGAAAUGGGGUGGCGUACAGAGGGAUGUGCCGCCAGCUCUUCAGGGAGUUUCCUGUUUUCAGGGUGAAGGUCAAAGAAGUUGAGGCAUUGUUCAGAAAGCACAAAAGGACACACUUAUCCGAGAUGUUUGAUGAUAGUGAAUGUGACUUAGGCAAACCGGGUGUGGUCCAGCCUCUUCUCUUUGCCAUCCAGGUUGCUAUAGUUGCCCUCCUGAAGGAGUGGGGUGUCACACCCGAUGUCGUACUCGGACACUCUCUGGGCGAAGUGGCCGCUGCACACUGUUCGGGUCUUCUGUCUCUGGAGGACGCCGUAAAGGUGGUGCACCACCGCAGUGCUCUUCAGAGUACAGUCACAGGAGGCAAGAUGCUUGCUGUUGGAAAUGUAGCCGUGGCUAAAGUGGUGGAAGUUCUGGAGGAGUUUUCUGGAAAGAUUUGUGUUGCUGCUGUCAACAGCCCUCAGUCCUGCACUCUGUCGGGAGAGAGGGAUGCUGUAGACGCCAUUCGGGAUACUUUAAAGAAGAGUUUUGUGGGAGAAAAUAUUUUUCUUUGUGAUUUAAGCGUUUCGUCUGCCUACCACAGCCACCUGAUGGACCCGGUCAUGGACGACGUCAGGAGUAGAAUCCAGCGUUUGGAUGUUCAUGACAAGCAUUGCAAACUUUUCUCGACGGUGUCAGGGGCCGAGGGUCUGGAUGAGGAUUUCACGACUGGCGAGUACUGGGCGAAGAACAUCAGGGAGCCGGUUUUAUUUGAACAAACUCUCCGAGCCCUUUCACAAAACAACAAGAAAUCGAAGGUGUUUGUAGAGAUCGGGCCGCGGAGGGCUCUGCAGAAGAACAUACAGGAGACUCUUGGUCAUGAUGCGCUUGUUCUACCGUCCGUCCAGCCGGAGACAGAACUGGAAACGGUCUUGACGACAGUGGGGAAACUCUUUGAGCUUGGUGUCAACGUGUGCUGGCGGAAGAUUUACCAAGAUCGCACAACAUUACGCACAGACUUCCCCAUCUAUCAUUUUGACAACACGAAGAAGAGAUUGUUUUUUGAAGCUAUCAGAAGAGGCGACGAGCCGCCAUCUCGCUGUCAGCACGUGCUCCUGUCUCAAACGAAGGGGGAGAGCGGUGAAUAUGUUUGCAACCUCUCAGCUCAGGCCCUACUGUAUCUGCAGGAACAUAAGUACGACAGCAUGUCGAUAGUUCCCGGUGCCUUCUACGUGGAGCUAGCGUUUUCCUCGCUGUUGGCUCACUUAAAAACAAAGGUUUCCUCGCUCCAGCUGAGCUUAAGCUUUCAGAAUCUGCUCACAAUCAGCUCCAACAAUCAGCUGUUGAAAGUGACUCUGUCAGAACGUGAUAGUACUUUCAAAAUACAGUCUUCUGUGGCAACACACGCCACUGGGACAUACCAGCAUGCAGAGCCACGACCAUUGUUUGAGGAAUCGGACAUAGCUAUCAAUGUCGUCAUGAAAAGGUGCAACGUAACGAUAAAGAAGCUGGAGAUUUAUCGCAUUCUUUCUCAAGCUGGAUUUCACUAUGGUUCUGUCUUUAAACGCCUGGAAGAUGUUCACUAUGGACAUGAACUCAAGGAAGCCGUCACUUCAAUCAGUGUACCGUACGGGUUAGUGCCGCAGUCCUAUUCCGUCCACCCAGUGUUGCUGGACUGCUUCCUGCAGAUGUCGGCAGUUGUGGCUUUAGGGUGUCUCACAGCCAAACCAGGAUUCCCCUCCCAGAUUGGCAGCAUCAUUGUGUCGGGACCCCUUCAUGAGGAGAUGGUUCUCUACCUACGAUCUACACGAGAAUGCCCAGACUUUCUUGAGGUUUGCGGCUGUUUUGCUACCAAAGAUGGAAAAGUUACUGUGGAACUUAGGGAUGUACGAAUUUCAUUUUUGGGACAGUCAAAUAUCGAUUCAUUGUUUUUUCACAACAAUAUGGUCCCAGUCUACAAUGAGACAACCCCAUCCUUGAAACUCAAAGCUUUAGUUUUUGAAGAUAGUCUUGGAAUCGCUGGAGCUCUGAAGCCAUUGCUGCAUCGAGAGUCCAAGUUUGUAACAGCACCUGAGACUAACCGACUCAGCGACAUAGUCAAGCUGACAGUCAGCCAUAACAUGACGGACGUCCUAUUCAUCUGGGGUGUCGAGGAUCUGAGCCAUUUAUCCUCAGAGAGAAUUUUCCAAUGUCUCUUGAAAUGCUGUGAGCAGUUCCGUCAGGUUGUCCUUGCUCUGAAACAUGCCAGACACUCUGUCGCACUUCGAGUCAUCACCCUCAAGUCCUCAGAAACCAGUGUUGACCACAUCAGUUGUGGUUUUGUGUUGUCUGGUAUGAUGAGAGCCUGUGCAGCCGAGGUCCCUGAGCUUUCCUUCCAGCUUCUGGACCUCGGUUCCACGACAAGAGAAGACAUUGAAGCUCUGGCCCGGGCGAUGAGCUCCUGUAAACAAGAGGUCACCAUCAGCAGAGGAAAAUCAUCUGCGGCGAUGAUAGCACACACCACAACAGUGGCAUCCACCAGGCGUGACAUACCCUUAAUGCCCCUGAAAGACUUUGACCUGCAGACUGCAAGCCCCUACAUUGCCAAGCAGUUGACUGCUGUCGCUCGUGGUGAGAUCCAGAAUAUAGUACCAGACAAUUCAGUCCAGGUGCAGCUCACAAAACUGUGUGUGCACUCAUCUGAUUACUUUGCCAUCACACUUUCACAAGUGAGUCACGGAAAGUCAUUGUACUGGGAUAGACAGAGUCACCCACUCCUGGCGCUAGAUUUUUGUGGCAUUGUCACCGCUGUUGGGAAAAAUGUAAACCAUCUCAGAGUCGGAGAUCAGGUUGUCUCAUGUUACCCAACAGCCGCAAGAGAUACGGUAACAAUACCGCAUUCUGUGUGCUCGCCCACAGCCAGAUUCACUUUCCUCAGCCAAUUCCCGUGUGUCUCCUUUUUCAUCCUGGCCUGGAAGAUCAUGCAGGAGACGCUUCCGAAAGUUCAACAGUCGAGAAAAAUGGCCAUAAUUUCCUCCAACGUUGCGUCUGUGUUAACGAAAGUGUUGGCCUUGACAGCGAUCAGGUCGGGAUGGAACGUGACCUGCCUGCCGCACUUCAGAGAAGACGUUGUCAGGGUUGAUCGAUGCCACGCUUUGGUUUGCCUGCCUCCGUGUGAUGACUCGUGGAAGGACGCUCUAGUCAACGACGGGAUACAGAGGGAUGUCGUCGUUCUGCGCAGCUCUUUCAUGACACCAGCAGAUGAUACGUUUUUGCCAAAGACCGACUUCUUGCGAGUGCAUAUGCUCGACGUUGCAAACAUUCUCCAACCAGCCAAUCUCAGGGCACAAAACAGGAAGGUCUUUGACUGGAUUUCUUCUCUUGGUUUUGAUGAUUUAACUCUGCCUCUGAAAGCUGAGACCUUCCAGGUGACCAACGCAGCAGAUGCUCAGAUUAACCCUGAGUCCUACUUUACUUCAAAAACACUGCGGCAGGUUGUACUAGAACAUAGAGCAGCAGGUUGUCCGCCGUCAUAUAUCCCCUUUCUUGACCAGCGGUCACAACUCUUUAGAAAGAACUGCGUGUACAUCGUGACUGGUGGUCUCACUGGGUUGGGACUGGAGACAGUGAAGUUCAUCGCCCAUAACGGCGGUGGUCGUAUAGUGACGCUCUCCAGACGCUCUCUGACUGACGACAUGCAGUUAGAAAUGGAGCUGCUCCAGAAAAGAUGCUGCGUCGAAAUAGCGAAUAUCAGGUGUGACGUUUCCGUGUCCAGCCAGGUGACCGAGUCGAUCAUGAAAGUUGAACAAGUGUUUCAGUCCUGUCCGAUCAAAGGAGUGUUCCACAGCGCCGCCGUCUUGCAUGAUGGACUGAUAGAGAAUUUGGAUGAAGCCCUCUUCCGUAAGGUUCUGCAUCCCAAAGUGGGCGGGGCUCUGAACCUCCACUUUGCAACACUUCACAAGAAACUGGACUUCUUUGUUUGCUACUCUUCAAUCUCUUCGUUUAUCGGCAACGCUUCGCAAUGCAACUACGCUGCGGCAAACUCAUUCCUGGACAUGUUCUGCCAUUAUCGGAGAAACCACGGACUCGCUGGACAGUCCAUCAACUGGGGUCCUCUGAACCUCGGACUCUUGUUAGACAAGGACCAUUUCCAGAAGUUUCUGGAGACAAAGGGCAUGAUGGUGAUGGACGUGUGUGAGAUUCACGACGCUCUCAAAAAGUGUCUUCUCCUGAACAGACCCCAACAAGUCAUUUGUAAGUUCAACUUCAGAAACCUCAAUCGCCAUGUUCUUUCUCAGAACGAGUCACUCCGAGAACGUCUGUCCACCCUGGUGGAAGCUGAGCUGAAAGACCAGUUGGCUGAAGAACCAGGAACCUCUGAGCUUUCGUCCGUCCAUGACUGCGUGAGAAGAACAGUUAGCAAUAUAAUAAACAUCAGCAUUGGUGAGCUGCAUGACGACUCGACUUUGUGUUCGCUAGGGAUCGACUCGAUGUUGGCCAUGACGCUGCAGAACAAGGUAUUUCAAGACACUGGUGUCAAUGUGCCAUUAGUUCACAUUCUGGACCCGACCAGCACCACAGGUAGUUUGGUCGCGUUUCUAGAGAACUCUAAAUGA